ACAACAACAACAACAACAACAACAAACGAAAAGAAAAAAAAAAUUCAUUGAUCAAUCAACGUGUGUUCCAAUCACAAUCGAUUUAGAUUCAUAAUUUUUUGCUAAUUGUUUUCCUUAAACUUUUAUCAAACAACUAAUCAAUCAUCAUAAUGGCCAAUAUUAUGAAACAUUAUCUAAUCAUAUUGACAAUGUUCAUGACGACUUGUUGCCAGGUUUUUGCUCAUGGCGAGACAUUUGGUCAUGCUGCAAUGACCACUGUACUUGCACGGCCAUUAGGUGGUUAUGGUUUAACACCAUUAGUAUUUGAACCAUCACCAAUAACAACAUCAUUGAUGCAAGGUUCAAGCUCAAAUUCAGUGGCCACAAAAGUUCGUAAAAGUCCAGUAUAUGAGCUUAUUAUGCCAACAUUUGAUGAAGAAUUGCCAAUAACCGGUGCUGCUAGUGAACAAUCAUCUUCACAAGCAAAAAUAUUGAAAAAAAUGACCUAUGAUACAUUGAUCCCUUCACAACAACAACAAAAACAGUCCAUCAAUAAAAUUACUUCAUCAUCAUUGCCAUCAUCAUCAUCAUCAUCAUCCGCGUCGACAGCAUCCUCGACAUCUGAUUCGAAUUAUUUUCAAUCAGUUAUGGAUUUGUUAAAAAUUAAAGACACGGCAUCAUCACCUUCAUCAUAUAAUAGUGUUAUGGCACCGAUGGGCGGAAAUAAUGCUGGAUAUAAAGGAGGAAACGGUGGAUUUGGUAACCCUCAAUCCAAUGGUGGAUUCUUCAAUUCAAUGUCACAACAUUCUUCAUAUGGAGGCAAUGGUGGUUCUGGUGGAUAUAGUGGAAAUGUUGGUGCCGGCGCAGGUAGUGGUCCAACUGGUCCAUUAACAGCAGCCAUAAAUUCUAUACGAUCGUUAGAAGUGAAGGAAGUCCAAGAUUCAUAUGAAAAUAGCGAACCACAAGUGAUUGAUAUUCCUCCAAGUGCAAUGCCAAUCGUCAUCAAUUUCCGAACAUCGGCUAGCCAAAUUCAGAUUCAUCAAUCACAUGAGCCUGGUGAACCAAAAGAAGUACAGGAAACGCAAAGUGAAGAUGAACCUCACUUCUUACGUCAUUCUGUAACGAAACCGGUUAUCCAGGAAGUACAUGAAAUUAUAAUGCCAUAUAGGCGUGUCAUACAGGAAAUCCGUCCUGUGGAAGAAGAGGUAAAAACAAUUGUCGCUAGACAAGCACAAGGAAAAGGAGGAGUUGCCGGCGGUGUAACUGGUGGUCUUGGUCUUGGUGGUGGUUUAAAUAUGAUGGGAGGAAUCGGUGGACUUAAUGCUGGCAAUGCUGGUUCCGCUGGAUAUGGUGGAAAUGUCGGUACAGGUAGUGGUGGUGGUGGUCUCGGAAAUGGUAUCCGUAUUAUAAACGGUGGCAGUAGUGGUAAUGGAAACGGUGGAUAUGAUAAAGGUGGUAAUGUUGGUGCUGGUGGCAAAAAAUCAAGCGGUUUCAAUGGAAAUGCAUUACAAUAUGCUAUUGAUAAAUUAACAUCAUCUGUAGGUCCAAGUAGUGGUGGUGGUGGUGGUGGUGAAAUUGGUUCAUCACCAUCAGCCGGAAACAAAUAUAAAUCGAAAAAACCAUCAUCAGAAGAUUAUGAUCAUCAACAUUCACCGUGA